CGGAAGCACCAAACUGAAUAUCUUUGCUAGUACUGGCUGCCGGUGGUUUUGUUUACAGAAGUUAUGAUGUUUAUGUUUGCAGUGAGCGGUCGUGUAAACUCUGAAAAAGUUUAUUUGUUGUUGUUUUAACGGCUUGUAAAUAGAACUGACAAAAAUGGCUGCAGAAGGACAUAUUUCAGCAAUCAUCAACGAAAUAUUGAAAGUGGACAUGAUGGAGGAAGCAUUCAGCUGUUGCUUAGUGCAUCGACCUGAAUAUGAGGCUGCAAAAAUACAAACUUUUCAACAGGAGCUGCAAACAACUUUGACAGGGCUGCCUGCAGAACAGGUGGAGGCAGCUGUAAAGCUAUAUCUUGUGACAGCAGCUGGAAUGACCAAUCACAGCCGCUUGAAACUGCUUCUCUCUCUUCUUGAGAAUCUUGUCACAAGUAAUGUCCUUCCAGCAAGGAUGGUUUGUGAAUGCAUAUUAAGCUGUGAGAAACUGCAGUAUCAGCUUGGCGAUUUUUGGGUUGAGUGUUUCAGCUUAAUUCGUCGCAUUAUUGGUGGUGUCGAUUACAAGGGUGUUCGAGAGAUUAUGAAGGGUUGUCGUGAAAAGGCUCAGACAAUUCCACCAUUCCUGAAGGCAUCCGUCGUACCACAGUUGACAGCAUUAGAAAAUGUCAUCAAUUAUAUUUUUGAUAGAAAUGCUUGUCUCUUACCAGGAUACUUCAUUGUUAAUGAAAUCCAAAAAGCAUAUCCAGAAAACAAGAACUGGCCACAUUGGAAACUGGCUCAUCUGCUUUCAAGUUUUGUGGAAAGCUUCCAUCCAACUGCCCAAAUGGUAUCCAUUAUAGGACAUUCCAAAAUGUUACCUGUAGUGGAACACUCAGGAUACGCUGACCAUCUGAUAAACCCAUGGAAACUAGAUCCUGCUACACUUAAAUUUACUUUAAAAGGAAAUUUACCUUAUGACAAAGAACUUUUGGAACCUCAGACAGGACUCUUACGUUACGUAUUGGAGCAACCUUAUUCCAGAGACAUGGUGUGCUCUAUGCUUGGGUUGCAGAAGCAGCAUAAGCAGAGAUGUGUGGCACUGGAAGAACAACUUGUGGAGCUCGUGAUCCUAGCUAUGGAACGCUCAGAGACAGAGACAGACACUGAUGAGGCAUCCAACAACCGUUGGCUCUGGCUGCAUUUGUCAAGUCAGCUUAUAUACUUUGUACUCUUCCAAUUUGCUACAUUCACUAAUAUUGUUAUGGCAUUACAUGACAAGCUUGCUGGUCGUGAUUUGAGGAGAGGUCGUGACCAUCUUAUGUGGGUUCUUCUGCAGUUUAUCUCAGGCAGCAUCCAAAGGAAUCCUCUAAAUAACUUUUUACCUGUGCUGAAGCUUUAUGAUCUGCUUUACCCUGAGAAAGAGUCAUUACCAGUCCCAGAUUUCAAUAAGGCCAUUUGCACACAUCAGAUGGCAGUGACAUGUAUCUGGAUACACCUGCUGAAGAAGGCUCAGUCUGAUCACCUUGAUAUCCAGAGACCAAUACCAAAUGCAUUGAAGGUUCAUCAUGAGUUCCUGCAACACUUGGUAAUGCCAAGCAAUUCAGGCUUGUGCAUGGGCUCCGAUUACCGCAUUGCUCUACUCUGCAAUGCAUACUCCACAAACCAGGAAUAUUUUUCACGGCCAAUGGCAGCCCUAGUAGAGACGAUCCUGGGCACUCAGAAGGGGCCACAACAGGCUCCUUUGCUUCCAAUGUCCAACAAUGCAGCUCUAGCAAGUGGACCCACAACUCCAUUGUCCAUGUCGAUUCUUGACUCCCUUACUGUGCACUCCAAGAUGAGCCUCAUCCACAGUAUUGUCACUCAUGUAAUCAAGCUGGCCCAAGCAAAGUCAAAUCUGGCACUUGCUCCUGCACUUGUUGAGACCUAUAGUCGGCUGCUGGUAUACACAGAAAUAGAAUCACUUGGCAUCAAAGGAUUUAUUAGUCAGUUGCUGCCCACUGUUUUUAAAUCACAUGCUUGGGGAAUUUUGUAUACUCUAUUGGAGAUGUUCAGUUAUCGUAUGCAUCACAUCCAGCCUCAUUACCGUGUUCAGCUGCUGUCUCAUCUGCAUAGCCUCGCUGCUGUACCUCAGACGAAUCAAACUCAGCUUCAUCUCUGUGUUGAGAGCACAGCACUUCGAUUAAUCACUGGCCUAGGCAGUGCGGAAGUCCAGCCACAGUUGUCUCGCUUUCUUAGUGAACCUAAAACACUGGUGUCUGCAGAAUCAGAGGAACUAAAUCGUGCCCUGGUUCUCACAUUGGCUCGCUCCAUGCAUGUCACAGGAACAGGAUCAGAGACGUUAUCUGGUACUUGGUGCAAAGAUAUUCUGAAUACCAUAAUACAGAAUACUUCGCACACUUGGGCCAACCAUACACUACAGUGCUUCCCGCCGGUGCUGAAUGAAUUUUUCCAGCAAAAUAAUGCACCCCUGGAAAACAAGCCGUUACUAAAGAAAGCUGUUGAGGAAGAGUAUAGAAAUUGGACAUCAAUGAAUAAUGAAAAUGACAUUAUUGCUCAUUUUUCUGUGCCGGGAACUCCUACUCUUUUUCUUUGUCUUCUUUGGAAGAUGAUAUUAGAGACAGAUCGUAUUAGCACAAUUGCAUACAAGAUACUAGAGCGAAUUGGCGCAAGAGCACUGUCAGCACACAUUCGUAAAUUUUGUGAUUACCUCGUCUAUGAGUUUGCUAACUCAGGAGGUGGCCAGCAUGUGAAUAAGUGUGUUGACGCCAUCAAUGACAUGAUAUGGAAGUACAACAUCGUUACAAUUGAUCGGCUCGUUCUUUGUUUGGCUCUGCGCACCCAGGAGGGAAAUGAGGCUCAGGUCUGUUUUUUUAUCAUUCAACUUUUGCUGCUGAAAGCUGCAGAGCUCCGCAACAGGGUUUCAGAGUUUGUCAAAGAAAAUUCUCCAGAACAUUGGAAGCAAUCAAAUUGGCAUGAGAAGCACCUAGCAUUUCAUCGAAAAUAUCCAGAAAAAUUUGCACCAGAAGGAAUUCUGGAGCAAACAGGAGGACCAUCAUCACCAUAUCAUUCCUUACCUGUUUAUUUUGGCAAUGUUUGUCUAAGAUUCCUGCCAGUGUUUGAUAUUCUUAUUCAUAGAUUUUUGGAACUUCCACCAGUUUCAAAAUCACUAGAGACAUUACUUGAACAUCUGGGCUGCCUGUACAAAUUUCAUGAUCGUCCAGUGACAUACCUGUAUAACACACUGCACUAUUAUGAACGGAAAUUGCGUGACCGACCAUUGUUGAAGAGGAAGCUCGUGUCAGCAGUCCUGGGCUCACUUCGAGAUAUCCGUCCUCCUGGAUGGAGCUUGUCCGAUGCUUACCAGACCUAUAUGUUCACCUGGCAGCCAGAUGAUGCCAGCUGGGUACCAGAGCUCGACUAUUACAUUCGAUUAGUUCGGCGCAUUGUUGACACAAUGUCAGGAAAAUCACAGUUUCCAUCAACAGAUUGGAGAUUUAAUGAAUUUCCAAAUCCAGCAGCACAUGCUCUCUAUGUCACUUGUGUAGAACUAAUGGCUGUCCCUGUAACUCCUACAAUGGUGGGAAACAACCUUCUGGAUGUUGUUGCCAAAGGCUAUACAGUGAUUCCCCCAAGCCAAAUUCAUUUGUGGGUCAACUCUAUUGGUCUCAUCAUGGCUGCACUUCCCGAUUCAUACUGGUGCGUUCUGCAUGAACGCCUGGUGCAAGUGAUAAGUUGCCCACAGUUGGCACAUUGGACAUAUCGCAGCUCUCCAUUCCAGAUUUUUAAAUUUGUUGCUACCCAUGAUGCUCUCCUAGAAAACAAAUUUUCAUACACUCUUGCACUGGCACAUUCAAUGUGGCAUCAUGCUGGUGUUGGUCAGAUUACAACUGUUCCACAGUUUGUGAAAGAGCAGAUACGGCCACUUGUCCAAAGUGAAGCACAGUUGCUCUUUUUGUGCCAUUUGGUGGGCCCAUUUCUACAAAGACUGAACACAGAUCGUCCACGUUGUGUGUUGGACCUUACGCUUGAGCUCUAUGAAUUAUUGGAACAAGUGGACAGGAAUUCACCAACUCUGCAGUAUAUGGAUCCUAUCUGUGACCUUCUGUAUCAUAUAAAGUACAUGUUCGUUGGUGAUACAAUGAAGAAUGAAGUAGAGUGUAUUAUUCGAAGAUUGAGGCCUGCUCUUCAAAUGCGACUCAGGUUCAUUGCGCAUUUAAAUAUAGAAGAAAUAAAUGCCUCUUGAGAAAGUCUGCAUCCUGCUGCUCCACCACCCACCCACUCUGUAGGGGCAGCAGGAUCAUCAGUUUCUGUCGGUACUGAUGUGUGUAUGUGAAAUACACAACGGAAAACUGAAGCGCUCUUGCAUGUCAAAAGUAGUGCAAAUGCUUUCAGGCCAGAAGUACAAACCUCAGAAAAUGUUUCAUAUAUAAUACAAAAUGAGAAAUGAUGUGUACAAAUAAAUAAAUUAAGUCCAGUAACAAUUUGCCAAAGCAUGACAACUCAAACUCUUCUGAUUAAAUGGACUCCAGGAAAUGACUCUCAAGGAAGGUGCUAUGUAAAAUAGUUUCUUCUUCUAUAAAUGUUGUCAUGUUUACAAUAAAUGAAACUUGUUAUGUCUGUAAGUCAUCCAUAAAAACAUGUUAUAAAGACUGAAAGUUUAAAACAACUUUGCAAUAUGAGUGUCAAGGUUACCGUUGAUGGUACCAACUGAAAUGUGGCAGCGAUGGUGAAAAUAUGCAUCUUCAUUACAUUCCUUUCAUAAAUUAUUUUAUGGUCAUCAUCAUUUUAUCCAUAUUUUUAUGCCAGUCAGUAGCUUAUCAUUGUGGAUCAAGAGAGCUGAAACGAAUCAUUGUAAAGAGUGAUGGUGCUACAGUAUACCUUAAAAAAAUAAUAUAUGUACAGAUUGAUACAACACAGUAAUGUAAAAUCUCAGUCAGAAUAUGAAGAGCAGUAUGAGAAGAAAAUAGCCACUCACAGUUUAAGGAAGUGUUGAGAAAUUGACAGACUCCCAAGUGACUCUCUUUUCUCAUAUUGUACUUUGACUGGAUGUACAUACUUCCUUCUGUAUGAAAUUUAUACCUGACAACUAUUGUGAAUAAAUUUUUUUAAAAUA